AUGCAGCACGAUGAGGUCAUAUGGCAAGUUAUCAGACACAAGCAUUGCAGCUUCAUGGCCAAGAUUGAGCCUGGAAUAAUUUGCCGAAACCCAUAUAAUGUAACUGGGAUUUGCAACCGUAGCUCAUGUCCUCUGGCUAAUAGCCGGUAUGCCACCAUUCAGGAUCGUGAUGGAGUAUUCUAUUUGUACAAGAAAACAAUUGAAAGGGCUCACCCAAACAAACUUUGGGAAAGAGUUAAAUUGCCAAGACAUUACAAAAAGGCUCUUGAAAUCAUUGAUAAACAUUUGAUGUACUGGCCAAAGUUUCUUGUGCACAAGGCAAAACAACGACUAACAAAAAUGACUCAGAUGCGAAUAAGAAUGAGGAAGCUUGCUUUGAAAACAAGGGAGAAGAUAAUGACCACACCAAGGAAAGAAACAAAAAGAGAAUCUCGUCGACAGGAAAAGGCUGAAAAAGCGGCUCUUCUUGAUAAAAGUAUUGAGAAGGAACUGCUAGAACGCUUUUCGAAAGGAGUGUAUGGUGAUAUAUACAAUUAUCCUAAGGAAAAAUAUGAAGAGAUUCUUGAUAGGGAAGCACUGCGGGUGACUAGCGAAGAAGAAGAUGAGGAGGAACUAGAAGUGGAAUAUGCUGAAGGCUAUGAAGAUCUUGAAGAGGAAGAUGAUAUGGAAGAUUUUGAUGGUCUUGGAAUUAGAGACAGUAGCUUGGAUGAUAAUACUGGUAAAGUUCUUGAUGGAUGCGCGUUCUCCUUCGCUCAUCCUGUCCCCUCCUUCCCACUGUUUCAUUAG